AUGGCAGAUGCGUGCGUCGGAUGCGGCGUCGGCAGCGAAGCAGGAGCGGGAACAGGCGCAUCAGGAAGUUUGAUGGGAAGAUGCAGGCGGUGCCAGGGAAGGAUCUGCUCAAGCGCAUGCUACAAGAGUCACAACGAGGGCAGAUGUGCCGAGAUGUUCUUCAAGGGCGAGGUGAUGAACGAGAUCAAAGGGCGCGAGGGAGUCGAUGACAACGAGAAGAAGAAAAUGAUGGAUAUCUUGAAGAGAAUGCACAGCGAGCAAGCGGAAGAGGAGAGCGACAAGGACGAGUGCGACGAAGACGAUCUGGGAGAGGAGCUUGAAGGGUUGAAGCUGGAUGAGAACACGCAAUGGGAAGACUUGUCGGCAGCACAGCAGCAAGCGUUCAUUAAGGCCGUGAGGGAAGGGAAACUGGAUGGACUGAUGCAGCAGUGGGUGCCAUGGUGGAUGCAGAGUGGUUGCGCGAUAGAGGUAGAGGAGGAGGAGGAGGAGGAGGAGGAGGAGGACGGAGAGAUGUCCUCGAGAAGAAUGCCGAGGAUUCUCAAAGAAAUUCCCAAGUUUAGUACUUUGAGUCGGAAAGAGCCCUCGCCGUUGCUUCCCUUCAUCCUUGUGGGAAUGCUGUGGAGUUAUGUUCUGACCAAAAGGAGAUGCAACGGAGACACAGAUUCUGAUCAAGAGAUUCUGCUCGAGAGCGCGAGGAUCUUAUGCGAGUCCUCACCCUACAUGCUCUCCCCGUCGGCGCGCCAGGAGGAAUGUGUCCCUCCCAAGAACGUUGCCGAGUCUCUCAACUCCUGCAUGGAGCAGAGUAUUGAUCUGAUCAGCUCCUCGUCCCUCAAACGUGCUCACAUGCCUUUCGUCCUGGAGCUCGUAGACGACAUUCAUCGCCUCCUCCAGUUCAAGAUGAGGGUUCUAGCUGCCCUCUCCGACACCCUUGCCAUCCUGCAAAGAGCGAGCGCUGCAUCGAGCAUCCAAAAGUCAUUCAAGAGCAGGCUGGACAGAACUUCGAAGAAGGUUGUCUUCUUCUGCAGCUGGAUCAACGAAGUUGGCACAGAUGUUAUCAAUCUCUUGCAGGCACAAGUACUGAUCGUAAAGGAGAGAUUGGAGAAGGACUGGAAGGAGGAAGAAGCCCAGGGCCAGGCGGCUCAUGACAAGCAAGAGGGGAAAAAGAAAGUGAAGAUCGUUGAGCUUCCGCAAGAAACCUGA